AUGGACUACAACCUGCUCAAGGAGGUCUUUCAUCCAGAUUUCAUCUCCAUGAUACAAUAUCCAGAUUUCGCCUGGAUUGGAGGAUCGGAGAGAGCUGCUGUCUUUGCUGUCGAAUCAUGUGAAGCAUGGGAAAUUCUGCUUUGCGCAUCUUCUGUUACAGCUGCUAACACAUUGGCAUUGGCUAGUAUAAAGAAUUACCUUAUUGUCUUUGCAGUCCAACAGAAGGACCAGAAGGCACUUGAGAGACUUCGCGCAGAAAGAAAAGCUAAGAUUGAUGAGCUUAAAGAGAGAACAAAUUAUUACACAACGCAACAGCUUAUUCAGAAGUAUGACUUGGAUCCCGCUGCAAAAGCUGCAGCAGCAACUGUCCUAGCAUCAAAGCUGGGAGCAGAUUCUGGCUUGAAAGUAUUCUUAGGUGAUGACUCUACAGUUGCUAGCAGCAUGUCAACAGGUAAAAGCAAUGAUAUGGAGAUAGUGCAAUCUAAGGGACUUCGAAACAGAAAACCAUCUCACACGAGGAGCCACAGCACAGGAACCGUACAACAGUUUGUUGAUGAUCCAUCCAUUCGCUACAACACCGAAGAACACGAUGCUGCUUUACAAAAUCAAGAGUUUGUUGAGCAUUACAAGGGACCAAACCCUAAUGAAGGUGGAUGGCUGGCGAGAAUAGCAGCUCUACUGGUGGGUGAGGAUCCGAGCCAAUGCUAUGCUCUCAUUUGUGGCAACUGCCAUAUGCACAAUGGUUUGGCCAGGAAGGAGGAUUUUCCUUACAUAACAUAUUAUUGUCCACACUGCAAUGCAUUGAAUGGUUCACAUCAAGCUGAGGAAAAUGCUUUGGAUUCAAGUUCCGGUAACGAAACUCCUGGCACCUCCGGAGAUGGCAGUGUUUCCAGCAGCGUUUCCUCUUUGUUGGGUACUCAAAUUUCAAGUAAGUCGUCACCUCUGCAUGUACUGCCCGAAGCAGUUGAAGAGAUUUCAGGAAUGUAGUUUUAGAGUUCUUUGUGUUAUAUUAUUUAGUUUCCCGUCUUUUGAUUGUUUUCUGAAGGGCGGACACUUGAGAGGUUGUUGUACUAAUUUUGUCUAUAGUCAGGUGAGUUUGAACAGAAGUUUGGUGCUGUAUCAAUACAUGUAAAGUAUUCUAUUCCACGACAUUUUUUUAUUUAUAUGUGGAUAAAUAUUUGAAUGCAGUUGCAUUCUUUCUUAU